CUCCGUUGAAGUGUCGUCAGCUAGGAUGGAUCAGCUGGGGUCAGCUGAUUGAUCGAAUCUGUCAAAUGCGUCUUAUCUUUUAUCAUGCACGUUCCACGAGAAAAAUAUUUACAACGCGCAAUUGUUUGUCGACAAUUUGGGAAAAUUAUAGUGUGAAUUAUGUAGCUACAUACGUAUCGCAUACGCACAAGUUCCAAAAUGUACUGUCCGCUAUAUUAUCGUAAUUUAUAGACUCUCCACAGAAAAACAUCCGUAACACGUGACAUUAUAUUACGUUGCGAUUUUCUUUGUGUGUUGACAAGAUAAUGGAUCGAUCUAUCCCGAAAUGGAGACGUUAUUUACUCGUGCAACCACCCGCAGUACUGCUACUGAUCGCCAUAUCGAUGUCAGGUACCGUCUUAACAGAUCUGAUAGUGUUUCGUACGUGCACUGCAACAUUGAAACUAAACAAAACGGAGUGCUCGAUACUCCAUAACAAUAGCACCAGCAAAGAAGCACUCAGAAUCAAUUCCAUGGUCCAACCGUACGCGAGCUUGAUCGUGAUGGGUAAAUCCUUCAUGGAGAGUAUUUCCCCGUCACUCCUGUCGUUAUUUCUGGGACCGUGGAGCGACAAGCACGGAAGAAAACCUGUUAUGCUUUCAGGAUAUAUAAGUACAUCUUUAACUUAUUUUCUGCUCUCUGUAAUGGCUAGUUGGGACAUUGUGCCUUGGUAUUUCCUUAUAGCCUAUAUUCCUACUAUUUUCUUGGGUGGCGUGAUGAUAUUGAUGUUAGCUUCAUUGUGUUAUAUCACUGAUAUAACGGACGAUAACGAACGGGCAUGGCAUUUAGCCUGCUUGGAGAUAUUAUUCUCACUCGGUUUGCUGGUUGGGUUACUCGUUGGUCCAGUGAUAUUCGAGGCAUACAGUUACACCACUGUAUUGAGCGUUUCAACUAUAUUCUGUAUUCUGGCGACAUUAUACGUAUUAUUUUUUGUCCCGGAAACUAUACAGAGUCAAACUUCCGGUAUCCGCAAGAUAUUUGACUUUACGGUAGUAAAGGACCUCAUUGAUGUGUGUAUCAAAAGGAGAGACGGAUUCAAUAGGUCAUUAGUCUGGAGCUGUAUAGCUUGCCUCGCGUUUCUUUUAGUUGUUUUUGAAGGCUAUCUCGCUAUCGGAUAUCUGUUCGCGAGCGCGCGACUUGGCUGGACUAUGGAGAAGUAUAACACCUAUCUGGCUACGGAUAUUGUGUUGGGAAUGUUCGGCACGAUGUUUGGUAUCAAAUUAAUACGGAAGUACACAGGAUUUUCGGAUGCUGUAAUUGCUAUAAUAUCUGUUACAUCGUCUCUCGGUAGUACUUUGACACGUGCCUUUACAUGGCAGUCUUGGCAUAUGUAUUUAUCAGUGGUUUUAGGAAUUUUUAGCGACAUAUCUCGACCGAUGAUACGUGCCAUAUUAUCAAAGGCAGUACCUACGCAGGACACAGGAAAGGUUUUUUCCGUGGCUACGUCUGUGGAGGCACUGUUACCAUUCGCGGCAGCUUCUCUGUAUACAUUUCUUUACUCCCACUAUAUGCCGCCUAUAUACCCUCUACCAGUGUGGUUUUUAUCAGCAGUAUUUUACGUCAUAACUAUUAUGAUAUUGAUAUCUAUUCAGAUCAGAAAAACCAUAGUGCCUUUUGCGCCAUUAAAUGAGGAUAAUGACUCAUUGAUAUCUUAACAAGGAAAAACAAGUACAAGAUAUAUCCACAGGAUAUAAACCAAGUGAUUAACUAAAUGUAAAAAGACAAUAUUUUUAUAUUUUUCCUAAUAAUAAACAUAUAUGAAAUUUUUAUAUUGUGUAUUUUUAUAUAUGUAUAUAUCUGUGAAUAAAAAUCAUGCAAUUUUUAAAA